CGUCACUUCAACCUCCACUCCAUCCAACACCGCACGCCGUCAAUUCACUUUAUUUAUUCGCAUAUUUUAUAAUCCUCAAUUUAAUCAACCAGCAACAGUCAAAAUGGUUCAGCUCACAGAAGUCGAGGACGAGCACUACGCCCAGGAGAAGCCUCAGGUCACCAAGAAUAAUGUCCUUCUUGCCUCGGAUGAUGAGGACGAAGACUACACUGAUACCGAGUCUGAGAUCUCCGAAGACUCCGAUGUCGAGCUCGAUGGCGAGACCAUGUACGAGCGUCUGUCCGCCUUGAAAGAUAUCAUCCCUCCCUCCGCCCGCCGCCAGUUCAACAGCACAGUUUCCGCCGUCACUUCUUUCACAAAGUCCAGUCUCAUGUUCAGCGGUCGCGCAUUGUGGGUUAUCAGCACCAGUGCUUUCCUUGUCGGUAUCCCAUUCGCUCUUGCCUAUGCGGAAGAAGAGCAGUAUGUGCAGAUGGAGCGCGAGCAGGGUAUGAUCAAGGGUGCCAAUGAGAUGCUCGCCCCCGGUGUGACUGAGGAGCAGAAGCAGGCUCAACCUACUCUGUAAAUGGACCUCGCUACUAAAGGCAAAGGCCGCAGCAGGUAGCAUUGACCAGCCGUCAACAGUCUUAACCUAUAGUCUAUACUCGAACCGCCUGUUGCUGUAAAGCCUACAGCAUUAUACGUCAUCGGUCUGCCUAGGGCGGAAUAGCCGAUAUGUCAAACAAUGACUCUUGGUGUUCCCGAUAUACAUGAAUCAAACCAUGGUUGAAUGGAAAAAAAAAGGUCUUGAAAACGAAACGGUAGGCAUAUCCGCUUGCGUUUUGACAAGGGUAUACGAAAAAAACAUGAUAUUAAACAAUCACCUGCGGUUUCCAAAAUAUAAUUCACGGGUUUGGGCCGACGUGGCAAUUAAAAAAAGCAGUGGACUUAAUGGUUAUGGACAUGGCUUUCAUCCACCUGUCAUUUUCGGAGUCUUUGAUCCUUCUUUGUACCUCUUUUUUCUCCCCUCAUGCCUCUUGUUUCUGGAAAUCCUGGAGCGGGCAAUGCAUGUAUCUGUAUAACUUAUACUUAUUCCUUUUCUUUUUUCCGUUUCGUUGAUGUUUUGUCUUACUUAUUUUAUCGAUAUAUGUUUCUGAAUAAUGGAACGUGAAUGAUUAUAGAAGUAUCAUAA